UGUCAAUAAUUUUUUGUGAAAUAAUAUUUCGAUUUCGUGAUUUCUGAAGAUAAGCAUAAGAAGAGCAGCAAAUAGUGCUGAAAUAUAUAUUUUUGAAUAGUAUGUAACACAAUGGAUGCCGUGGAGAAAGAAGAGCGUCUCCACCGAAUAAAAGCUGGUGCAUUUCUGGCUGCAGUAGCGGGGAUAUCUGCUUUUGUAGGUUUUGGCGCAACACUCUCAACUGCUAGGAAAACAGAUCCAAAAUACUUUAGCAAGGGUCUACAUGGUAGCCCAGAGUUAGCAGAUGCAGGUGCUAUUCUAGCACUGAGAGCUCUUGGUUGGGGCACUGUUUAUGCCAUAACUGGCACCACAUGCUUGUGCUAUGGAAUAUGGAAACUAUCUGGUGCUAAAGAUCUUAAAGACUUCAGAGUCAAAAUGGGUAACAUGUUGCCUGUUCUACCAAAGAACAACCCGCCCACAUCAAGAACAGAAUUCACUGGACUUAAUGACCUGAUGACCUAUCUCUCAGAAGAAUAUGGGAAACCAGUGAAGGAAAAAUAAUUAUAGAUUUGUAGAUAACUUUAUUAUGAUAGUAUAAUUAUGUUGUUUAACUGGAUAAA